UGAAGGAGUAAUUUAUAUGUACCAGUUUGUUUACAAUUUCGUGACUUCCGUGUUUAUUUUCGUUGUAGGAAAGCACACCUUGACACUAUAUUUAAAACUGACAACCAAGCAUAUAUUUAAGGAGGUGUGUGAGUAAGAAACAUAGACAAUACUUACUCAUUUAUUGAACCUCAGUUUAAUUCACAGCUCAAACCACAAGGCAAUAUACGGAAUAUACUAUCAAUUUACACUGUAAACUUUACAUUUUAAGUGCAUAUGAGAUGAAGUUCAAGACUGUUAGAGAAGGUCAACAAGCUGUUAUUUAUAACCAUUUGGGUCAAGGAAGACUUCUUGAAGGACCUCAAAGGAUUUUUCUUUAUCGGGAAAGGUUGACAUACCUGAAGCUAUUUACAGCCGAUUUGUACGAUUAUCUUGUUGUCAAAGACAUAGAUGGAAAUGUUACCAACAAAAGAGGACCGUGUAAGAUGUUUUGUAAUCCUCUCCUGGUAGAAAGUAUAGAAGUAAACCAGGCUAUAAAGAUAGAUGCCAAUCACAUGGUUGUUGUUUACAAACGUCUUAAAGACUCAGAUGUCCAGAGGAGAGUAAUUCAAGGUCCGUCUGUGUUUGUACCAGAAGCAGAGGAAUGGUUACAUCAAUUUAGUUGGCACGGAUGUGAUGCUAAAGACAAAACAAGGAUGAUUCCAGGAUUUUAUAAAUUUCAACAAUUAGCAGUUAUACCAGAUCAGUUCUACUAUAAUGUGAAAGAAGUAAGAACUCUUGAUGACACAAUGAUAACAGUCAAACUGAUGAUAUUCUAUGAACUUAAAGACGUGAUAAAAAUGCUGGAUACAACACAAGAUCCAAUUGCUGAUAUGAUUAAUGCUGUGUGCUCAGAUGUCAUUGCAUUUUCUGGUAGAAUUACAUUUGAAGACUUUUUAAAACAGACACAUAGAUUAUCUGAAUUGAAGAGCUACUCACAAUUGCUACAGAGGGCUGAUAGAAUCGGUUACACUAUACAGAAAGUUGUAUUUAGAGGUUACCAUGCCAGUGAACAGUUACAGGCCAUGCAAAGCAGUGCAAUUGAGUCUAGAACCCAGUUGAGAUUAAAUGUAGAAAUAGAAGAACAAAAACAAAAACUUGCUGAUCUUAAGAUUACAAAAGAACAAGAGAGAGCUAAAUUAGUUCAGGAAAUGGAAAAAGAGAAACAGGAUCACAAACAAAAGAUGUCCGUUCUGAAGCAGACGCACAAUUUAGAGAUCAGGAAUUUAGAGCAACAACAAGGACUACAAGUCAGAUCACUAAUGACCAAAGCAAAAUUAGAUCUUAAAAAUGGUGAAGAUUCCUACAGUACAGAGUACUUAAAGACAUUGAAAGAUGUAGAUAUAGACGUGACAGCUUAUCUCAUAUCUCAGAUAGACCCACCAGCUGAUGAAGAGAUACAAAUGGUGAAGAAAACAGUCAAUACAAGUUUUUAAAUUUCCAUUACUUACAAAAAAACACUUAAUAAACCAUUGAUUUAUACAAUAUUGUUAACCUCCAGUUUUGCAAGUUUAUGAAUAAGAAUAUAUGUUAAUUUGAAUUGUCAUACAAAUGUGAUUACUUCUACUAUUUUUAAUUUUACAGGAGUGUUGCAAAAUUCUAUUAAUAUUGAAAGAUUUUCAGUAAAUGGAUUUUUAAUCUUUUCAUUUUUGAAAUUAUGAAUAUUUGAUUUUGAUAAUAUUAACAGAUGACGUUUUUUCAUUGAACAACUUCAAUGAAUUUGUUUCAAACAGGCUAUUAUUUCAACUUGGAAUUAUUUUUGAUUAUGGAAGUUUCAUAAUUUCUUGUGCUUGAAUUUUUUACUAAAUUCCACGUUUAUUCUGUAUUUUGAUGUUCUGUGUGGCAGACACCACUUUCUAUGACAAAGAAGGUAGCACAUUUUUAAUAGAAUAUACUGUGCCGUGCACAACACUAUCUAUACAAAAUACAUUGUGUGGAAAGUGUUAUGCAUCACUCAAAACAUUAUAAUACAGAAUA